AUGGCCGCUUCUGGCUGCGCUGCCCGGCUCGCGCACUGCCUCGAGUACGGAGGCGCGGAGGCGGAGGCGCUCGCGCUGCGCGCGCUCGCGGCGCUCCUGUCCGGCUCGUGCGAGUCGGUGCGCGCCGUCCUCGACACCGGUCUGGCGCGGCUGCUGCCUCCGCUGCUCGAGGGCCCGAACGCGGCCACGCGCGGGGAGGCGUGCGGCGCCGUCGCCUCGCUCGCGGCGGGCGCGCCCUUAGGCGCCCCGUCUCGCAUCGAGUGGCUGAUGGGCACGCCGCUCGUGUCGCUGGUGGUGCAGCGGCUGACCGUCGACGAGUUCGGCGUCAAGCGGCAGGCGCUCGGCGUGGUUGCCAACGUGCUGCAAGCCUUCCAGGCGGACCCGCGCCCGUCGACGGCAGGGUGGGCCGCGUCGCUGGUGUACGAGCACGGCGCGGUCGCGCCGCUGGUGGCGCUGCUUGACGUGCACGACGCCGACGUGCUGCGCGUUGCCCUCCACGCGAGCGGUGGUGUGCUGGCCGCCGGCGAGCAGCUCGCGCGGGGCUCGCGGGGCGGCGCGCUGCUCGACCGGUACUUUGGCGGCGCCGGAGACGCGAUGGACGCGUCCGAAGACGCCGCGGCGGCGGACGGCUGCGCCUUCACGGGCGGUGGCGAGGGGCGCGAGCCCCGCGCCGUCUACGUCUUUUGA